GCCUGAGAGUAGUCGUUUGAUUUUUGCUAGUCUGUAUGCAUUGUUUAUGUACAGACUUUACUGUUUUUCUCUCAGAGGCAUCUCCUCCUACCCCGAGCCUCACACUACUGGGGUUUCGUUUGUUUUACAUCUUGGUUGGAGGGGGCUCUUUCUCCGGAAAAUAAAAGACAACGGAUCUGGCUCCAGUCCAGGACGGAGAGCAUAAAGCCUAAUUCACAAGGAGAGCACGUGAGUUCUGCUCUCCGUGGGACUCAGCCCAGAGAGGCCGUGGAAAUCUCUAGAUGUCAGUCCACGCAACCUAAACUGGCAAAAGGAACGCUUUGCCUCUCCAGACCCAGACGCCAGAACAGAAUUCGGCCAACCACAGCCAAGAAGGCAAAGCACGCAGGCGCAGAGAAGCGGGUAGUAGAAGGCUGGCGGACGGGCGCGCGCACUUGGCGACCAGGAGAGGCGGGAGCGCGCGCUGGGGGCGGGCACUGAAGCUCUGGCUUGGGGUUCACCAGGUCAUAGGGCUCCGGGCCCUUCGGCCUCGGCCAUGGCUCACAGGCCGAAAAGGACUUUUCGGCAGCGCGCUGCCGAUUCCAGCGACAGCGAUGGCGCCGAGGAGUCGCCUGCUGAGCCUGGGGUGCCGAGAGAAGUUGCGGCCCCAGGUUCUGCGGAGGAAGGGCCGCCCUCUGGAGGAGGCCGCGCGCGGGUGGCAGGACGGCCUCACCGGGUUCGGGGCCCUCGUGGCCGGGGCCGGGUCUGGGCGAGCUCCCGGCGCGCCAAGGAAGCGGCUCCCCGCGCGGACGAAGGCUCGGGUGUCCAGGGUGACGCGGGGAAGAAAGGAGAAUCCAGAGUCCUUGAUGUGUCCACAGAUGAAGAGGAUGAAAUACAUCUCUCCUCAGAAAGUAAGGAUGAUCAGGGUUUGUCUUCUGACAGCUCUAGCUCUCUUGGAGAAAAAGAACUUUCAUCAACAGUUAAGAUCCCAGAUGCAGCUUUUAUUCAGGCAGCCCGCAGAAAACGUGAAUUGGCCAGAGCCCAAGAUGACUAUAUUUCUUUGGAUGUACAAAAUACCUCUACCGUCUCUGGUAUGAAGAGAGAGAGUGAAGAUGACCCUGAGAGUGAACCUGAUGACCAUGAAAAGAGAAUACCAUUUACCCUAAAACCUCAAACAUUUAGACAAAGGAUGGCUGAGGAAUCAAUAAGUAGAAAUGAAGAAACAAGUGAAGAAAGUCAGGAAGAUGAAAAACAGGAUAUUUGGGAACGACAACAAAUGAGAAAAGCAGUUAAAAUCAUAGAGGAAAGAGAUAUAGAUCUUUCCCGUGGCAGUGGAUCUUCAAAAGUGAAGAAAUUUGAUACCUCCAUUUCAUUUACACCAGUAAAUUUAGAAAUUAUAAAGAAGCAAUUAAAUACUAGAUUAACAUUACUACAGGAAACUCACCGCUCACACCUGAGGGAGUAUGAAAAAUAUGUACAAGAUGUCAGAAGCUCAAAGAGUACCAUCCAGAACCUAGAGGGUUCAUCAAAUCAAGCUCUAAAUUGUAAAUUUUAUAAAAGCAUGAAAAUUUAUGUGGAAAAUUUAAUUGACUGCCUUAAUGAAAAGAUUAUCAGCAUCCAAGAAAUAGAGUCAUCCAUGCAUGCACUCCUUUUAAAACAAGCUAUGACCUUUAUGAAACGCAGGCAAGAUGAAUUAAAACAUGAAUCAACGUAUUUACAACAGUUAUCACGCAAAGAUGAAACGUCCACAAGUGGAAACUUAGCAGUAGAUGAAAAAACUCAGUGGAUUUUAGAAGAGAUUGAAUCUCGAAGGACAAAAAGAAGACAAGCAAGGAUGCUUUCUGGGAAUUGUAACCAUCAGGAAGGGACAUCUAGUGAUGAUGAACUGCCUUCAGCAGAGAUGAUUGACUUCCAAAAAAGCCAAGGUGACAUUUUACAGAAACAGAAGAAAGUUUUUGAAGAUGUGCAUGAUGAUUUUUGUAACAUCCAGAAUAUUUUGUUGAAGUUUCAGCAAUGGCGAGAAAAGUUUCCUGACUCCUAUUAUGAAGCUUUCAUUAGUUUGUGCAUACCAAAGCUUUUAAAUCCCCUAAUACGAGUUCAGUUGAUUGACUGGAAUCCUCUUAAGUUGGAUUCCACAGGUUUAAAAGAGAUGCCAUGGUUCAAAUCUGUAGAAGAAUUUAUGGAUAGCAGUGUAGAAGAUUCAAAGAAGGAAAGUAGUUCAGAUAAAAAAAUCUUGUCUACAAUCAUCAACAAAACAAUUAUUCCCCGACUUACAGACUUUGUAGAAUUCCUUUGGGAUCCUUUAUCAACCUCACAGACAACAAGUUUAAUAACACAUUGCAGAGUGAUUCUUGAAGAACAUUCCAUUUGUGAAAAUGAAGUUAGUAAAAGCAAACAGGAUUUACUUAAAUCCAUUGUUUCAAGAAUGAAGAAGGCAGUAGAAGAUGAUGUUUUUAUUCCUCUGUAUCCAAAGAGUGCUGUAGAAAACAAAACAUCACCUCAUUCAAAGUUCCAAGAAAGACAGUUCUGGUCAGGCCUAAAGCUCUUCCACAAUAUUCUUCUUUGGAAUGGACUCGUUACAGAUGACACCUUGCAAGAACUAGGACUAGGGAAGCUGCUAAAUCGUUACCUUAUUAUAGCUCUUCUCAAUGCCACACCUGGGCCAGAUGUGGUUAAAAAGUGCAACCAGGUAGCAGCGUGUCUACCAGAAAAAUGGUUUGAAAAUUCUGCCACGAGGACAUCUAUUCCACAGCUGGAAAACUUCAUUCAGUUUUUAUUGCAGUCUGCACAUAAAUUAUCUAGAAGUGAAUUCAGUAAUUCACAUUGAAAUUUGCCAGAAUACAUCCACUAAUGGUCUGUAUUUUAACUUUAUAAUUAAGUGGAGAUGGCAGCAUCUCUGUGUUUUAUGCUACUUUUAGAUACUAGCUUAAGGUAAAGCUUUUGUUUUAGAUUAACAACUGAUGAUCAGGUUCUGAAUUGACUGCUGUUCCCUCAUACAUUGCAUUUCCAAAGGGAGAAAUUUGUUUUGUUUUGUUUUUCAGGGAUAAAGUCGAAGAAAUAAUUCUUAUUUUGGUGAAAAUAAAAGCUUUGAAUCAAGCAGAAUCCUUCAUAGGAGAGCAUCACCUAGACCAUCUUAAAUCACUAAUUUAAAAAGAUUGAAUAAACUUUAUAGGAAAAUCCUAAAAUUUUAAUAUAGUUACACUCAGUUCCUUUGCUUGAGAAGAAGCUGGUGCCUCUGUCUUCUUUAUUCCCUGUAAGAGAAGGUAGGAUUUGCAAAAAAACAAGACUCCACCUCUAUUCCCCCCAUGCUCUACCUUCUGGCAUCAUGAAAAGCUGCCAUGAUUCUGUGGUGUUCUAAGGAAUUAAAUGUACUGAAGCUUUAAGAGCUCAA